AUGAUGUCUAUGGGUUUCAUGCCUGACUGUCUGAACGCCUCAGAUCCCUCCAAAUCGGCUUUUCUGGAGUUCGGUCACGGACAUCCUGCGCACCAGCAGCACUCCCCCGGACUUCCUCACAUCUAUCCCGUGCAUGGUCUACAUGCUGCCGGGCAUUCCCAGCACGAGAGCCCUUUUUCUGGCAGCGGGUCCUAUGGCCGCUCUUUGGGCUACGCCUACCCGGGCGCGGUGAACGCUCACCCCACGUCUGCUUAUCUGUCCUACCAGCACAGCAAUCACAGCAGCAGCAGCAGCCUGGCCCAAAACAGAGCAGAGCACACAGGUAUGAGACAAAAUCAAAGCUAUCAAUAUUCAAUUCUUGUUCAAUGAUCACUGUAAAAUCCUCAUUUUCCAUCACGCUGACAUGUACUUACGCACACUGGCGCACAACCCCCACACCCUCCCUGCAAAAAGAUAGCUCACUGAAAUAAUUAGUUACUUACCAACAAAACGAAAGUAUCCCUCAUUUCUUUUAACGCCUUAUUUUAAUAGUCCACUGCAUAAAUAUCCCAACAAAAACACAAAUUGUCAUCCAAACAGCAGCCUGCAGGGAUGCUCCCUCCCUAAAACUCAUGUUAUAUAAAAAAGGAAGAUGGUGCCAUUAAUUUUAUUGACCAUAAUUUUCUGUGGUUAAGUCCAAUUAUAGACCGUGUAGUCUGGGCCUACCUCAGGAACUUGGUUUUACCCUCAUUGUUGGUCCACUUCAACUAAAUGAUUCCACUAAAUAACAGGUCCUUUGUGUUGUGGGACUUCCUAUAAUUCCCCACUUUAAGAUGAUCCUUCUUCUAUUCUCUGUUAAUGAAGCGUAAAGCAGAUAUAAUGAGCCCAGUUAGCUUUAGAUAACCAGUGGAUUUAGUGCCAUGCAAUCCAAUAACUGAGACAUCAGACUGAAACAACAGAGGACUCCAAUAAUAAAACUAUAACCAGACUGUUAAUGCCGGGGGAUUUGAUGUGGCUUUAGAUAGCUAACUUACAUUUUGUUGGCUCUCCGGCCCCGAGACUUCAGAGUUUGUAGCGUUGUAGGGCCUGACAGUUGAAGUCUCCUGCGCCAUAGUCUCUGUUUAUACUUGUAUUUUUAAAGCCGUACUGUUCGACAUAGCUUUGACGUUGUGUCUGAAGCCAGAUGUUUAUCUUUGUUAAUCAUAAAAAGUGUCUGUACAUGUGUGACACUGGCGUCAAUCUACAGAUUUUAGAAACACUUGAACACUCUGUGAUUAAUCUCAGUUUUUUUAUUUUUAUCCCCUGCAAGAUCGCGAGAAGUCCACCGUGAUUGAGGCCAGAGACCUUCGCUUGAAUGGCAAAGGGAAGAAGAUUAGGAAGCCUCGAACCAUUUACUCCAGUCUGCAGCUGCAGGCUCUGCACCAGCGCUUCCAGCAGACCCAGUACCUGGCCUUACCAGAGCGCGCGGAUUUGGCGGCCAAACUGGGCCUCACACAGACUCAGGUGGGCCUUCACUUUCCCAGCAGCCCCGAGCGGAGCCUUUCCCGAGCAAGAUUUAUGCUCUACAAAUAACCAAUCACAAAAGCAGAUUUAAAAUACAGGUUUUGCAUUUGAGUUUCUCCAUUAUUCUUCAAAACCCACCCGCUUUAAACUCUCAGACAGGCAGACGGCUUAUUAGACAUAUCUACAAAGCUUAUGAUUAAUAUUUAAAAGUCUUAACUUAAUCUCUCUUAAACCAGACUGAUGUAAAUUAUUACUGAGAGAAAGCAGAUGUUUCAGGAGGUGUCUUUUUCUCUGCUUUAUUGAGGAUCAGUGCGCAUCUGGAGAUCAAAUGAAACAGCAAAUUGUUGUGAUUUGUAACUCGAUCCUUUAAUGCUCGUCUUAUUUACUGUGCUUAGUGACCGUGGCUGUUUUCUCUAAGUCGGCCACGGUCCUUUAAAAGUUCCAUGUAAAAAAAACAAACUGCUGUACAUGUAAUUUGAAGGCCAAAACGUUUAUUGGAAUUAUUACACGAGUUUAGAGGAAAUAUGUGUCCUCUGGAUGCGCGUAUUUGCGUCUUUACGCGCACGUUUUGCUCCAAAUUAUGGAAACAUUAAAUUUGACGGUUUUUUUUUAAAAAAUGCAUGUAGAUAGGUUAACAAAUUUUCUAAACAAACAGGUGCACGUGUCGCUGACAGAUCAUCAAUUCUCACAGGGACAAAAAUAAACAAAAAUGUUCUCCCUUUCUGAAUGAGUUUUUUUUUUCCAAAUACAAAGAUAAACUUGCACUUCCACUCUGUCAUUCGAGCUGACUCUCUCCCAUUUUUGCUUAAUCCCUUCUCAAUUAUCUCGACAAUUAUCUCUCGGGGAUGUUUAUGACUCACUGAGGCAUUUAGGUGCAAUCUAUAAAUAUUCUCACCAUUGUUCAAAAUGAGAAAAUAGAAAUCUUUAUGUGGAAUCAGCAGAAAUUUCAGCGCUCUGGGCAGUUUUCACAUGGCCAUAUUGUUGUAUUUUCGGUCUGUUGCAGUCAUCACGCAUCAUUUGACUCAUAAAACAGUUUACAAUGAAAGAGCUCAGUUUAAAUAGAGAACAAGUGCCACUCGUGCACACGGCUGAACAGCGAUCAAUGCGCCAGCAGUAAGCCUGGGAUUUGCAAAACUAACAGAGAAAAGAUGAGAGUUUGGUAGAGAUUAUUGUUCCCAAAUGUUCAGCUCGGGCCUGUCUGAACACUGUAUCGACUUGAACUGUGGUAAAUAUGCUCAUAAAAAGAUCCUCACUCUGUAAUUUCUUUUAUAUUGCUGCUAAUUGGAAACCGCAGUGUCAAUUUUCUGCAUUUUCUUCCUUUUUAGGUCAAAAUAUGGUUUCAGAACAAGCGCUCUAAGUACAAAAAGAUCAUGAAGCAUGGCAGCGGAUCAGAGGGAGAACAUCUCCACAGCACCAGCUCCAUCUCUCCCUGCUCCCCGGGCCUCCCUCAACUGUGGGAGGUCUCUAAAGGAGCCCAGAUGCACCCAAACAACUACAUGAACACUUUUGGGCACUGGUAUCCAAACCAUCACCCUCACCAGGACUCCAUGCCCAGGCCUCAGAUGAUGUGA